CGGCGUGCGCUCAGUGCUCGCUCCGUCACGAUGGUGUCCGCACGCUCGCUCGCCCCGCUCUGCGCACUCGUGCUGCUGGCGACCGCCACCCCCCUCCCCCGCAGCCGCCGCCAGCUCGCCGACGACGACGCGCUGCAGCCGCUACAGUUCCAGAGUGGCACUACGUGGAGUCGCCGCACGAGGGCGCUCCCCUCGGAGCCAUCGUCGUCGCGGGGCCGGAGGGUCUCCCCGGGGGUGGGGCUGCGGGCGCAUGGGGAGACGGGUGGGGUGCGGGUGACGAGGCAGGCCGACGACAUCCCCGUUUUCGACCGGAACAAGGUCAGCCUCGACUUCCCGGGGAGCCUGUUUGGUCCCUCCGUCUCCCUCCUCAUCCGAACCACUAAGAUCAUCGGCGACGUCGUCCAGAACUCAGCGGUGCGGUAUCAGUCCUUCCUCCGCCUGUUCCGGCCGUUGUUCCGCGGACCCUUCGAGAUCAAGGGGCUCGACCCGCCGACCACCACGACCACCACGACCACUACCACCACAGCCGCACCUCCAGCGGACACCACGCCCAGCACCACGCCCGCUCCCGCCCCCACAGACAAUGAGGUGCGGAGACGCUGAGACGUCUUCGGUGCAGUUCAGUACAGCUCAGUACGACAGUUAAACAAUCGCACACAAACUAAUCAAUCCACGCCGCCGCACACACACACACACACACAGCACACGGCGCUACGUAACGGUCCAUCCGAAGCAGUUGUCAUAUUGACAGCUUAACGUCAACUCUUCUGUACAGUCAUCGAGCCAAUGUGUUGUUGGUGCGGUCCGUCCUGGUACUGGGUGCUGGUAAUGUUGAAUGCGUAGAGCGCAGCGACACUGCUGCUGUACGCGGAUGGUAUGGGAUGCAACUUUGUCUUAACUUUUCGUUGAUGUUAAUAUGAUAAGAGUCGCCAAGAGCUACCGACGUGUUCGAACUGUGAAACCUCUCCAUUUUAUUAACAUAUCUACAUGUGUAUGUAUUGUUCUAAAUAAAGUGUUUUUAGAUUCAAAUAAAUUUUAAUUUAUUGAUUAAUGUAAAUGUAUGAUGUAGAUGUAGACAUAUGUAGACACGGCGACCGACGCCGCGACGUCGACUGAACGACUAUUAGAUUAUGUGCCGCAUGGCUGCUGCUAUAUUGUUAAAUUAAGUUUCAUUAGACAAUAAAUAUUCUUAUUAUUGA